CGGCCGAAAGGGUCGGGGGCGAGCGAGAGGGCCACAGCGAGCGGCGGCCGCUCUGGCGCGCCAGCCACAUCCUCCCCGGCUGCCUCCGACUCCGCAGCCCCGACCCGAGGACCUCGGGGCCCGCUCCGCGCCGGGGGUGGGGACGGUUUGCAAAGUCAACAGGGCGGGCGCGCGGCCCGCACGUCCCCCGGGCCCGGACGCGUCAGGGGGCGGGCGCCGGGGACCAGGAAGUCCGUGGCCGCCGCGCGGAGACCGCAGCGCUCAGCACAUCGCGGAGGCCGGAGGACGUCAGGGGGCGCCUGCGGCGGCGGGGUCGGGAGCCGAGACCCCGGAGGUUUGCAGGCGCGCAGUGCGCCCCGGCCCGCGCCAUGCGCCCCGGAGGCGUGCGCAGCUUCACGCUGGAGCUAGCCCGAGGCCCGGGGGGCGCGUACCGCGGCGGGGAGCGGCUGUGCGGCCGGGUGCUGCUGGAGAUGGCGGUGCCGCUACGGGUGCGAGCGCUCGAGGUGGCGGCGCGAGGCCGAGCGGCGGUGCACUGGUUCGAGGUCCGUAGCGUGGGCGUCAACGCGGUGUCCAGCGACUAUGCGGCCGCCGAGACGUACCUGCGGAGGAGGCAGCUGCUGCUGGGAGACACCGGGGAGGCCGCGACGCUGCCGCCCGGGCGCCACGAGUUCCCGUUCAGCUUCCAGCUGCCCCCGACCCUGGUGACGUCCUUCGAGGGCAAGCACGGCAGCGUCCGCUACUGCGUCAAGGCCACCCUGCACCGGCCCUGGGCGCCCGCCCGCCGCGCCAGGAAGGCGUUCACCGUCAUCGAGCCGGUGGACAUCAACACGCCCGCCCUGCUGGUCCCCCAGGCAGGCACGCGGGAGAAGUUGGCCCGGGCCUGGUACUGUGACCGCGGCCUCAUCUCCCUCUCGGCCAAGAUUGACCGCAAAGGCUACACGCCAGGCGAGGUGAUCCCCAUCUUCGCCGAGGUCGACAAUGGCUCCAGGCGCGCCGUGCUGCCGCGGGCGGCCGUGGUGCAGACACAGACCUUCAUGGCCAGGGGCGCCCGCAAGCAGAAGCGGACGGUGCUGGCCAGCCUGGCCGGGGAGCCUGUGGGCCCCGGGCAGCGGGUGCUGUGGCAGGGCCGGGAGCUGCGGAUCCCGGCCGUGGGCCCCUCCAUCCUGCACUGCCGCGUGCUGCGCGUGGACUACGCCCUCAUGGUCUGUGUGAACAUCCCUGGCACAUCCAAGCUGCUUCUGGAGCUGCCGCUGGUCAUCGGCACCAUCCCCCUGCACCCCUUCAGCAGCCGCUCGUCCAGCGUGGGCAGCCACACAAGCUUCCUCAUGGACUGGGGCCUGGGGGCGCUGCCUGAGAGGCCUGAGGCCCCUCCCGAGUACUCCGCAGUGGUGACCGGCGAGCAGAUGGUCCCUGCCCCACCACUGCAGGACUCCAGGGGCCUCGAGGACCCCUUCUUCGCCUACAUCCAGGAGUUCCGCUUCCGCCCGCCGCCCCUGUACUCCGAGGAGGACCCCAACCCCCUGUCAGAGGCCAUCAGGCCACGCUGCAUGACCUGCUGAGAGGCAAGCGGACACCUUGAUGGACAGGGCCACACACGGGCUUCAGCCACCAUGGAGCCAGGGCAGACCAGUCUGACUGCUUUGAAUUGGGGAAACUGAGUCUCAGAAACGGGUGGGGCUGUUUUGAGUUCCCGGGACAGAUGAAGAGUCAGGCUGGAAUCUGACGGAUCUGGUCUGGCUGUCCUCACGAGGCACUGAAUGCCAAGUGCAGGAGCCGAGAGACUUUAACCCAUGUGUGUCCAGCCUGGGGGCAAUGCUGGGGUCCCCCAGGAGCCUCCAGUACAGGGGAGACAGCUGGACACAGACAGCCUCAGAGGAAGAGAAUCCAGGGCUGAGAUCAGUUCCAGAGGGGGAGCUGGGAAGGCGUCCCGGAGGAAAGGGCAUUUUAGAUGAGGCUUUGGCGUAUGAAUAGGAGUUCAGUAGGCAGGUGCGUGAGAGGAAGAAGUUGGCGAACGUCAGAGCUGAGUGCUCUUUGGAGCCCACCCCCUUCACCUGAGUGGGGAGAGAUGGGGGCUCAGGUAGCCCGUGCCUUGAGGCCACACAGCAAGUUCAGGGGGUGAGAGGACCCAGGCAUGAGGUGUUUGCAGAAGCAGGUCGUUGGAGCUGCGGGGGCCUGUGGGGUCGGGGGCAGCAGCUUCAGCCUUCAAAGCCUUUGAAAGCCAGGGAUUCCUGGCCCAGCUGGGACAGUCUGUGGGCUCCUCCAGGUACCCCAGACCCCAGAACCCGAGCCGCUUGGUGUGUGGCUGGGGAAUCCCAGCCCCAGAGAACAGACAAGGCCAGCUGCAUAAUUUGUGUAAUAAAAAAGUGGAUCCUCUUGUCCAAAAAUGAUCGAGAAUUUCAAGACAGCCGCAGUCAAGCAUUAAACCACGUGUGGGGCCUGGGACCAGCGGUCUGGCUGGGGUGAUGGGGAACUGGGGCAUUUCUGGGGAGCCCCUAACUGCAGAGUUGCAGCCCUGGCUGGGGGCGGGGCCUCCACCUGGGACUGAACAUUUCUGAUGAACCUUAAAAAGUUGCUCCCUUUUGUACAAUUAUUUUUUUAAAUAAAAGUGUGGAAGGAGAGACCGGGUUUAUUUAUUUUAUUAAAAAA